UACGUCACUAAUAUGUGUGUAAAGGAUUUCUUAAAUUUAGUGACGUCAUUCUGGGAAAUACCUGAUCGUCAACAUGUACAAAGUUUGUGAAAAUGUGGAAAUAAACCGUGUUUGUAAGCUAUCUAAGGGUGAAUUUGAAGAUGAAUAUUUAUCAAAAGGAGAACCCAUUAUUAUAGAAAAUGCCAUAGAUGACUGGCCCGCAGGGAAAUGGACUCUUGAUUCACUCUCUGAAAGGGUGGGGCAUAAAACUUGCAAUGUCAGGUGGAAAACAAACACAGAAGAAUACAAGAAUGGGAAACAGUACUUUAUACGCCAGACAACCUUAAAGGAGUACAUCUCAGAUAUCAAAGCAAUGAAUGCCAAGGCUAAGAGCUCUUACAUGGCAGUACAGAAUAUGAAACAAACAUUUCCUGAAUUACUGGAUGAUAUAAAAAUUCCUGAAUAUGUGGGAAAGUUACAUGGAGGACCAUUCAUGUGGAUAGCUUUGCAGAAUCAUUAUGAAUAUUGCCAUUUUGACCCUGAUGAUGGUCUACUCAUAAUUCUGAAUGGGCAAAAACAUGUCAGACUCUAUGGAUGUGAUAUUGACUCCAUGUACCCUAAUCCUAAAGGUACCAAAGGCAGGACUGUGCAAUCUGGGGUAAACUUUGAUGAUCCUGACUGGAAUAUGCAUCCAAACUUCUGCAAUGCUAAGUGCAGAUAUGGCACCUUAAACUCUGGAGACAUGUUAUUUAUCCCAGCGUUUUGGUGGCACCAAGUGACUUCUACACAAACAACAAUAUCAGUCAACAUGUUCUUUGGAGAUGCAGGGGAAAAUGCUUUCAUUGCAAAAGUUAUGGAACCCCCUAGAUGGCAGGCCUUUCAGUAUUGGUUGUUGAAUGUUGUGGAACAGAACAGAAAUUGUGAUAGCUUUAAUCGUAUGUUGUCACGACUCCCAGAAGCCCUCGUGAAUUUUCUGAAGAACCAAUGGUAUAACACACCAGAUGAUGCACAGGUUGCUAGGCUACAAACCGUUGUCAUGGAGUAUUUGAAUCUGAGUGAACUCCCGAUGGAGCCAAGUUCAGGGAGGAACCCUCCAUGUUUAAAGAUCAGAGGACUGGUGUGGAGGUCAUAGUUCAGGGGAGAACUCUCAAUGUUGAAAGAUGACUGGUGUGGAGGUCAUAGUUCAGGGGAGAACUCUCAGUGUUGAAAGAUCAGAGGACUGGUGUGGAGGUCAUAGUUCAGGGGAGAUCGCUCAAUGUUGAAAGAUAGAGGACUGGUGUGGAGGUC